UCUCCGCUGGGCUGCAGGCGCAGAGAGCAGCGCGGCGGCAGCUGCAGGGCCCGAGACCCGCGCCCCGCGUGCAGCCGCCGAGGGUGUGCGCCCGCGGAGCCCAGCGCCUCGCCUCGGCGCCCCCACGCGCCCACGCAGCGGCGCGGGGACCCGGGCGGGGGCAGAGGGAGGGCCCGGCCCAGGGAGGGGAAGGGGCCGGUCCUCCCAGCGCAGGCAGCCGCGGCGGCAGCCCAGGAGGCGGAGGCAGCGGCGGCGGCAGGGGCGGCAACGUGCCCGCCGCAGUCGCCCUGCCGCGUCGGACCCGCGCCCACCCGCCAGCCCGUCGGUCCGCACCGCGCCGGGGCACCCUCUCCACUGCGCGCGGUACAAGGAAAUGCUAGAACUAGUGAUCUCACCCAGCUUUACGGUAAACAGCGCUUGUCCGGGUACACUGAAGCUUAACCGUGCUGACACCGAUGUCUGGACUCUGAGUGACAUAGAAGGCAUCACCACAUCGGCUCUUCCGCGUGUGUCCCAGCUCUUGGCAAGACCUUGCCCACGUGUCCUGCCCAGCCAGCCUCCCACGGCCAUGGCAGCCUACGGCCAGACACAGUACAGUGCAGGGGUCCAGCAGGCCACCCCCUACACAGCCUACCCGCCUCCCGCACAAGCCUAUGGGAUACCUUCCUACAGCAUCAAGACAGAAGACAGCUUGAACCAUUCCCCCGGCCAGAGUGGAUUCCUCAGCUACGGCUCCAGCUUCAGCACCCCACCCACUGGACAGAGCCCGUACACCUACCAGAUGCACGGUCAGUGUGGCGCUGCGGCCCCUCCCUCAGGUAUCGCCUGAGUUGGGUGUCCGGCCAUUCAUUCA